GUAUUAUUUGUCCGAAAUAAUGACAGGUACUGAUGAUGAUGUCCCUCCAUCACAUCAAAAUAUAGGAGGGGGCUAUGUUUCUGGGAAUGGAGGUUCUGUUGUAGGUUCGGUUCGACCCCAUACUUUAAGAUGUAAUCUGAAAUGGAGGGCCAAAUACAUAAACUUGAACAAGAAGCUUACUGUGCUGCCCUGCGUGCUUUUAAAGCUCAGUCUGAUGCCAUUACAUGGGAGAAAGAAGGUUUAAUAACAGAGCUUAGGAAAGAGCUACGGGUGUCAGAUGAUGAACACAGAGAACUUUUGAGCAAGGUCAAUGCUGAUGAUAUAAUUCAAACUUCAAAGGAUAAGGUUCUAAUGCUUAAGGAUAAGGUCAUUGCUGACCUGAAUUGGAGAUGGUCAGGUGGCAACCAAGCAGCCAGGCUAAAUGCUACUCAACCUGUUCAUGAUCUUCUACCCAAACCUGGUGUUUCAGCAUCCCGCAAGAAACAGAAGACUUCACAGUCGAUUCAGUCAUUACCGGGCUUAUCCUCAGCAAAGUCCAUGUGUUAUCCUUCUGGAGUUCCUGCCGGAAAUAGGCAGUUCAGUAACCAUGGUUCCCUUUCAGCAAAUGAACCUGCGGAUGCAGCUACCAUUCACCCACUGGUUGGAAGGAAAGUGUGGACAAGAUGGCCUGAAGACAACAACUUCUAUGAGGCUGUCAUUACUGAUUACAACCAUGCUGAUGGCUGGCAUGCUCUGGUCUAUGAUAUAAAUAGUCCAAAUGAAACCUGGGAAUGGGUUGAUCUCAAAGAGAUCCCGCCAGAGGACAUACAAUGGGAUGGUGAGGUUCCAAGCAUAUCUUAUCGAGGCCAUGGAGUUAAGAAACAAUCCAGUCAUUUUGCUCCUGCUCUUGGUGCUGGAAGAAGCAAGGAUGUGCAAAAGAAUAUAUGCCAUCACAGUAUGGAGUUCCUAAGAAGGCUUCUGAGGAUAUUGAAUUACAUGACACACAGACACUAGUGAAGGAGGUUUUUGAUGCAUGCCAUCUGGAUCCACUUGAGCUUGAGAAGGCAAGGAAGAAAUUGAAAGAGCAUGAGCUGGCACUCAUUGAUGCACUUGCAGGGCUUGCCGAUGCAUCUGAUGAUGAAACUGGUAAUAAAUGCAUUUGUAUAUAGCAGUACCUUUCGCAUUGAUAUUGUUUAUGGCAUCUUUGGCAAGCCUAACAUUGUAAAUGACUAAUUGAACUUAUUUAUUUAUUUUCUUUGGCUUGGGAAAGGAUAAAAUGCAUAAAAUUUU